UUGCGGCUGGCCCGCGGGCCGGUAGAUAUGAACACCGACGAAGCCGGCCACCCGAAAUCGGAUCUUGGGGCAUACACUGCGUCUAAUGCCAUGGGUCGCACAUCCCGAGACAUGACGUGUUUACGAGUGUCUCCGUGCCCGUGUGUGUCGUCAGGCAUGUGCGCGUGGUGUGCAGGUUGCAUGAUGGAGGGGACCUUCUCGACACCACGCAUCUUCGAGUCGAUCUUCUCGAGACCACAGGCCAUGAGUGCUGAGACGCACAUUCGCUUAGCAGAACCUUUUCGUCCUUGUGCGAAAUCCGAGCGGCAUUUCAACGGUUUGACGACGAUCCAUGGAGCGACCACAGAGGACUUCGACGAGGACCCAUGGAUGACCGUCGUUCCGUGCAGGGACGCACAUCUUGACGACUGGAGCGAGGGCAAUUGGGCCAGUAUGGAGAGUCACUGCCCUUGGGCAAGCCAGUACAAGUUCGCGAAUAUGUUGGAGUUCGGGGACCUCAUCCCACUGCCUGACGCCGUCCUCGGACAUAAGUUCCUGAACCAUAUGCGGAAAGCACUAAGCUGCAUAAGCCGCUAUUUCAGUUGCCUCGACUGCCACAACGUCAGGUCAUCGCCACGAACUUGGGGUGGCUCGCGGAAACAAGAGUUGGUGGACUGCGCUCGUCGCUGCUCAUUCCUGGACCAGUACCUGCUCCGUGCCCCCGGGAUUUCUCCACGAGCAGUGUCGUACUGCUGUGUGCGGUUGACUGUAUCCGGAUCUGAUUUCGCCAGAGUUCUGUGUGUCGCUGCUUCGAACAAGAGCAGGAAACUCGUCGACGCAGUUGUGCUCGUGUCACGCAACGAGGUUGUGAUUGAAGGGUCCAAAUUCGUGCCGAUGCGGGGGCCUGAACGUGUGGAUGGGUGGCCAGAUUUGGUGAUAGCAGAUGCCUCCCGCAAGGAGUUUAUUUUGAUGGAGUUCGAAAAGCAGGGAAUGGAUGCCUCGUUGCGGGACGGGAGCAGGAAGCUCGUCGUUGACGCCCCGGUGUACAAGGACUGCCCGCCAUACAUGGGGUGCGAGGACGAGAAAACAAUCAAGGCGACGGAGAAACUCGCCCAAAACAAGAAGUUGUCCACCGACUGGAAGAACAAGGUCCUCUCAGUGUUGACGGGCAGUAGGGCAAAGAGCAUGGAGGUGGCGCUUGCCGAAGGCGUGGUGCACGUUCUGUGGAAAGACACCGGGGAGGUGACAUCAAUUGCCCCGUUCGGCGUUGACCCAUUGGAGGCGCAGUUGAGGGUCGCGGAGUUGGAGAAAGCGGUCGGGACCACCAAAUGCCACACGUGCGUUCUUGAUCUGUGCGAGCCGGUGGACUUCGAACUGUGGACCCCGAAAGCAUUCGAGAGUUUGAAUUCCCUCUUGGAGCAAUUGUUUCCGUCACACUGGACGGUCGUCGCUUUUGUCCCUCGUCAGUGGGACUACUCCUUCAUGACCAGAAUGCGACAUCUGGUCGUUGUGAAGGCAAUGGCAGGGAAGUGGGUCAGGAGGACGCAGCAGAAGAAAAGUUUCGCAGUGGGGAACAACUUGUACUCGGCUGACGACCGCAUGUACAUUCUCUGUAAAGGUGACGACUUGCGGGAGAAUACAUGUGUCAUCUACGAUGCUAGGUUGUCGGCAGGUGACGCUGCGGCUGUCGGGGUGCAUCAGAAAGUGACCCCGACAGACAUAUCGGAGACCCCCUUCGACCCUUGUGAGUGGACGUCGGCCAUGCUUGGAGUUGACAGGAAGGUCUACAAGGACAUGGAGCAGAACCCUGCACAAUUGGCCCAUCUUCUGGAAUUUCUGUGCAAAAAGGGGGAGGGCGUCAUGUUCCUCGGCAAGCCGCACGCGCGAGUGGUGUGGGAGGUUUUGAAGAGUGGCCGACACGUGGUCGCACUGGAAGGGAAUUCUGAGUUGUUGCAAUACUCGUUGGAGUUCCUCAAAAGCGAGGUCAACUCUAGAGCCAGCCGCUGCGAGUUCGUCACGAGGACCGAGAAAUCAACACGUUUUUGGGAACCGUCCACGAACAUGUGGUUCAAGUUGAGCGACCGGAAGAGGAACAGGAUCUACGAGUUCCUCUUUUUGGAAACGCGGCCUAGGAGGGACAAUGACGCCGAGUACAUGCGCCGCAAGGAACACAUGUUGGCAGUGCUAGACAACUACCACGAUGCCUCACGCAAGAAUGCAAAGAACUUCCUCGAACGGCUUGAGUGUUUGUACUUCGUCGAGUCCGAGCAGGUGCUGAAGCUUGAGAGUUAUGGUGCCUUGAUCUCCACGGACGAUGAGGCGGAGACAGGCGUUGUUUUCUACACCGCUACACCGGAGGAGGACAGCGACAACGAGGACAUCGACAUCGAUUACCAUCCUGCUCCGGUGUUUGAUGCCCCUGGCUCCUCGUCGGCAGGUCCCUCAACAGGUCAGGCCACCCAGGCGUCGCCUGUCCUGAAGUACACCCCGGGUAAGACCCCGAGUAAGCUGGCGGCCAGACAGACGCCUUGGCCUGCCACCCCGCCUCCAUUGCGUCCCGGGAGUUCGGUUCCGCUGCAUCAUCCUUCUCGCAAGGAUGAUGCCCUUCACUUCGAAGGGCUCGACCACACUCGAUCGAGCGAGGCGGACUGGGGCCAUGACAUGAUAUGGCACCCGGGAACAAUCCAGCCAGCAAUCCAGAAGGGCGAGUGGAUCAUGGCGCUCAACGACGACCAAGGGUUGUGGCAGCCAUACCCACGGCUGUCGAAGGCGGAGUACCUAGAACUCGCGAGGAUUUCCGUGCUCGACAAAGUGAGGUCCGCGAAUCCCGAAUUUCAACCUGGCGACCCGGCCGUCGAUUCCACUUCUGAACUUCUGUUUCAAGAACUUCAGGACAAGCAGUGGUUGGAAGUCUCGGACGAGUUCUUCGAGCUCGACACGAGCCCUUCGAAGGGGCGGGUGGACUGGAAGCUGGCGACUACUGAGCAGACGGGAGGGGGUACGCACGUGGGGGUAGGAGAGCGGGCCUCGGGGUUCGAAAUGGUGUUAAGAGAAUUCCAUGAAUGGCAUGGGAGGAGCGGAGGGGAACAAGGGGAAGGAGGGGAAGAAAGGGAGGAAAAGAAGGAAUGGGAAGAAGGGGAAGGAGGGGAAGAAGGGCAAGAAGGGGGAGAUGGGGAAGAAGGGGAAGAAGGGGGAGAAGGGGAAGAAGGGGAGGAAGGAGAUGGAAUGGGUGAGAAAGGGGAUAUCCACAGUGGCGACGAACGGCUGGGCAAUGAGGACGAUGUCGACGACGAUGCGACGACAAUGGAGAUGGAGAUGGAGACGGAGGCGGUCGGUGACCUUUCAGCAGACCUUGACGAAUAUGAGGUUCAACCGCUGACGGCUGCAGUCAAUCUCCAACACGGUUCUCUUGCGGUUUCCGCCGUUGUGAGCUCGGCUCAACGAAGUCAAGAACUGAGCGUCGUUGAAGUUAUACAUGGGAUACUCGGCGACGAGCAGGUGGUCGGGCAACGGUCCGUGGCGCCUGUCCCGGACGACCGCCGCGCCGUCACAACUUUCGUCCCCUCGAACACCGUCGAAUCGCCACCCAGCUCUACGAUAUUGGCCGUAAGCUUAACCGGGUGCCAGGAGGGGGAUCUAGGGGGCCGGCAACAUGUCACAUCACCGAAAAAAUCCCGGGUUGGCACUCAAGCUCUCGACGUGUUGGCCUUGCCCGCGCCAAAGUUGCUGACGAAGGAACGACGGGAUAAAGUGGCUGGUAAGCAGUGAUGAACGCCGCGUCGUUCACGCUCCCCGACAAAAAACAUAGCCAAGUCUAUUGGACAACAUUUUUUUUUCCUUUUCAUCGACGGAAUCGUCGCUUAAGUCCGCCGUCAUCCGCACUUCCUAUGUCGAUGCGUGAGAUGGUUACUCUUAGUGUGUCCGCCGUGGGAAGAGGUCUGCCGGAAUCUGAACUCCGGGGAAUGUUAACGUUCCGCUUUUGUGGUUUGUUGUUGUUUUCCUUCGUUGUGGUCGGGGUCUCAAGCUCGA